AUUCAUCUGCUGGAGACAUGUUUCGUAGUCGAAGUUGGUUUGGCGGUGGAAUCUGGAAACCCAAGAAUCCACAUUCACUGGAACAUCUUAAAUAUUUAUACAAUGUUUUGUCCAAGAAUCAUACGGUGUCGGAAAAUAACAGGGGUUUGUUGGUGGAGACGUUGAGGUCUAUUGCUGAGAUUCUUAUUUGGGGAGAUCAAAAUGACAGCAGUGUUUUCGAUUUUUUCCUCGAGAAGAAUAUGCUCUCCUUUUUCCUUCGGAUAAUGAAGCAAAAAUGUGGAAGCUAUGUCUGUGUUCAAUUACUACAGACGCUCAACAUUCUAUUCGAAAAUAUUCGAAACGAAACAUCACUUUAUUACCUGCUAAGCAACAAUCACGUAAAUAGUAUUAUAGUGCACAAAUUUGACUUCAGUGAUGAGGAAGUUAUGGCUUAUUACAUAAGUUUUCUCAAAACCCUGAGUCUCAAAUUGAAUGCACAUACUAUUCACUUCUUCUAUAACGAGGUAAACAAGCACACGAACGAUUUUCCGCUGUACACCGAGGCGAUAAAAUUUUUUAAUCAUUCCGAGGGAAUGGUGCGAAUAGCAGUGCGAACUUUGACCUUGAACGUUUACCGCGUUGAGGAUGCUUCAAUGUUGGCCUUCAUCAGAGACAGAACAGCAGCCCCGUACUUCAGCAAUCUCGUCUGGUUCAUAGGAAAUCACAUAAUAGAGCUAGACACAUGUGUGCGAAACGACGCAGACCAUCAGAGCCAGAAUCGUCUCUCAGACCUUGUUGCAGAGCAUCUCGAUCAUCUCCACUACCUAAACGACAUCCUCUCCUUGAACAUCCCAGACCUGAACAAAGUCCUCUCCGAGCACCUUUUGCACAAGCUCCUGGUCCCGUUGUAUGUCUACUCCCUGACAAAAUCCAUCUCUCCCCCAGGGCAGAGUCCAGGCGAGCGAAAACACGUCAGUGUGGUGGUCUCCUUAUUUCUUCUCUCUCAAGUGUUCCUCAUCGUUUCUCACGAGCCCCUCGUGAGAACCCUAGCUGCUGUAAUUCUCAAAUCAGACUCCCACAUGGUGGAGGAUGGAGCUAGCAGAGUCCUGGAGGAAUACCAGCUCUCCUCAUUUGACAAAUCAAUAGUCUUUGCCCCACCGAGUGAAACCCUCGAGAAAUCAUUAGAAAGCUUAUCCGGCCACUCAGAUCUUCAAACAUUGACGCUGGAGGACAUCCCCGAACAAUCGAGCCCUCAGCACUCCUCCACAUCAGACUCAGAGAUCCUCGAGAACCCUUCAACAACACCUGGAUCCUCCCAAGAGGAAAUCAAGCACCUCAAUGUCACCGACGAAGAAAAAGAGCAGAGACUAGCUCUUGAAGUUGAUUCCUCCCCAAACCAGAGUAGACAAUCCAUCGAGGAGAACUCUACCCAUCGACCACUUGCCAAACCCUUCCUAGAGACCAUCCUCAAUUCCCUCAACUGCAGAGAAAAUGAUUAUGCAACUUUAUUCUCCCUCUGCUUGCUGUACGCAUUAAUCAGCAACGAGGGAGUAGACAAAGAGACUCUGGACUUUGCACCGUCAGCUGUGAAAAACCCGAGCAAUUGGUACAACUUGGCUUUAAUAGAGAAAUUAAUCCACGUUAUCUCAGCCAGUUGUCAGACAAAUGCUAAAAUAAGACUAGUGACCAUCGAGAUGAGUAUAAAACUACUGAUUAAAUUAGUCAUAUCAGAUGGGGAGAGUUUACUUUGUGAUGCACAUCUGGCAGCAAUUGAGUCUGCCAAAGAAGAAAGCACUGCUUUGCUCAGGAAUUUUUACAAGAGUGAGGAUAUAUUUCUUGAUAUGUUCGAGGAAGAGUACAGCGAGGUUCAGAAGAAGCCGUUGAAUGUCGAGUGGUUGAUGAUGGAUAGUAAUAUUCUGCUGCCUCCCACUGGCACUCCAAUGACUGGCAUUGAAUUCAGUAAACGCCUGCCCUGUGGGGAGGUUGAGAGAGCGCGAAGAGCCAUUCGUGUUUUUUUUUUGGUCAGAGAAUUGUCAAUGCUUCUAGGAAAUGAGCCUGAGACUCAGCUACCCUUGACCAAUCCUGCGAAUUGUGUGCAAGUGGGAAAUGUCUUGGAUCUUAAUAACAGUGAUUUGAUAGCCUGCACUGUAGUGUGGAAGGAUGGCCAGAAGAUUCGGAGAUUUCUGGUGAUUGAUGUCAUUCAACUGAUCCUCGUGGAGCCUGAUACGAGAAGACUGGGGUGGGGGGUAGCCAAGCUGGUGGGAUUCCUUCAAGAUAUCGAGGUGGCUGGGGACAAGGAUGAUUCCAGGUGUCUUCAUCUGACAAUUCAUAAACCUUUGAGCACUAGUGGGGGGAAUAGACUACCACUGCUCUCAGCCAAAUUUAUUUUUGAUGAUCAUAUUAGGUGUAUGGCUGCCAAGCAGAGGCUCACCAAGGGGAGGAUCAAGGCUAGGCAGAAGAAGAUGGGACAGAUUGCUAAGCUUUUGGAUAUUCCAACCAAUUUGCCUAAUUGCUCAACUCCACCGAAUUAUCCUCUGUUGGGGAUGAGGCAAGAGAGGACUGUCGGGAGAGGACAGAGACUGAAGGAGCAAAGGGGAAUGUUUACGGUUAAUAAGGUGCCUGGGUUUGCAGCUCAAUUGCGAAAGCAGAAUGAACCCAGAACUGGAGUGGGCAGGCGGGUUGGGGGGGAUGUCAGUCCACCGAGUGGAAGGUCUAAUGAUAAUGGGAUUAGACCAAGGGAUGGCUCUCCCAAAAUGCCCAGACCUAGGAGUGAAGAGAUUCCUCUGGAGGACAUGAGGCUGAGGAAAAGUUCGUUCACUGGGAAUGGAUGUUCGGGAAUGCAAUUAGUUAGCACCAUUGAACCAAAUACUUCGACUGCCAACGCAGCUGUCAAUACUGAUGUUGUGUUGACUAAGAAAUGCUCUGAAGAGACUUCUUUCACCUCAGGACAGGCUUCGGAUUCGUCGGCGAAACCUCGACGGAAGGGACAGGUCGAAACCGUGUGAUUGGUUAAUGAUGUUAAAUGUGAAUAGGAGUAAUUAUUGGGAUUGAACUUUUUCGGAGCUCGUCCCUAUUUUCUAUAUCACUUUUUUUGAAAAGGAAAAGAUCUAAUUUAUUCAUUAUUUUCUAUGGUGAGUACAUCGUUUUCCCUGUGAAAUGAAUCCAAUUUAAUUAAUCGAGUUGUGACUGAAGUACAAAUACCUUGUGGCAAAGUGGUCUGAUGAUUAUUAAAUCUGAACGUCGGUUUAUUCAUCUCCAUCUCGUUUCCGCUUGUCAUUUUGAAAUCUAGGAAAGGACUUCGAAAAUGAAAAUCUCGUUCUACAUCUAUACUCGACGAAAUCGUUCGAUGACAUUACCUUUUUAUGCUAAAAAAAAAUUAAAUAAUUUUCUCUAUCGCUGAAUAAAAAAUAAAUAAAGAUAAUUCAACUGA